AUGUCCACGACCACUACAACAACCACCUCACAAAAUCAACCAUUCACGUUAACAUUGAGCACCAGUCAUUUCCCACCUUUCACAUUCACACCUUCACCUACCAAGCCUAGCUCUUCUCCCUCAUCCCGUUGGGCGACUAUACCCACCUGUCCUGCAUCGACACCUUCCCGACAUAUCAAUCAGAAAGACAUAUCAAAAUCACAAUCGUCAGGUACAAUUAACAGGGAGAAGACGAUGUCAAUGGACAGAGAUAGAUUAUCGAUCGAUACUUUCACUUCUGUCAUAGAGAGAGAUACGGUGUAUUCCAGAGCUAGUACUGUUGCAGCCAUUCUCCGAUCACUUGGAUCAUCGACAUCGGAACGAGAACAGGGUAUAAAUGCACUCUGCGGUUAUAUAGAAGGGAAGAAGGGGAAGGGCAAGAACGAAGAGGAGAUAAGAAAGAAAUUGAAUGUACUGGAAAGUAUGGUAUCUGCAGAUCUUGGAGAAAUAUUUGUGAAAGCCUCCCUUAGAUCGGGUCUUGCACGGAAGACCACCCAUCCCCCACCUCCUUUCAUCCCUCCCGCGGAGGAAAGUCCCAGACCGGAUAAUUCACCAAUAACUUAUACUUCACCUUCUUUCACCUUCUCCUUCUCGCCCGUCUCGUCUUCUUCAUCCUUUGCCACAGAAUCAGGAUCGAUCUCGAUUUCCAAUUUCGGAUAUAAUCCCUCGACCUCUUCUAUUACGCCUUCAUCAUCAUCUUCCCCGCCACCUCUGACAUCUUCUUCUUCUCCACAUACUUCUAUACCAUUCACCCCUUAUUCGCCCUUCGCCCGGGCCCAUACUCUGACCAGCUCGAGUACAUCUAGUGCAUCUUCGCUGGGUAGAGCACCUACUUUACUUAGUCCUCUGGCUAUUGGCGGAUGGGGCAGAUCAUGGGAAAGACCAUUACUGAGAAGCAACGACGAUGAUCGUAAAUCGUCUUCGAGGCAGAAGAUGGUAUUCGAUGGGAUAUCAUUGAAAAAUUUCCCAAAUCCACCGGAUCAUAUACCUUCACCGUCCAGUCCUGGUCCCGAUGAAGCAGGCAAGAUCGAUACUCGUUCUGAGAAACAUAUAUUCACUAGGGAAUUUCUCGAUUCGAAUAGAAUAUCGCGAUUUUUUCACGUUGAUAUUGAUGAUACGACGCAUGAUUUAUCACCUACGAAAUCCACCUCACAUACGUUAGAUCAAUCAUGGUUAUCACUUAGUAUAUCCGAUGUGGAUGAUAAGUCUUCAGUGGGAUUACCGAGUGCUGGGUUACCUGAUUCCACGCCCACUUCCACUAGCAGUGAGACUGGGAGUGGGGCGUUCGAAUGGGAUAGGAUCAUACAGAGUCAGUCAGCCAUGGGCGUGGGGAUGGGGUUGGACGAUGAGAGGACCGUAACGGGUAUUGAAUCUAGUAGAUGGUCGGCGGUAAUCUCGAAUGUUGAAGAGAUCGCAUCAUCACAAGAUCGUUCUGAACUUGAUAAAGGUCCUACAGAAGCCUCGUUACUGCGAGAUGCAUACCUUAGCAUGAUCAAUACCCCACCGUUGAUCAAAAUACCAGGACCGGAACAGGGCGAUUCACAUACUAUCUUAAUGGCUUAUGCUCAACCAGCCGCUGCGUGA